ACUGGGUGACGUCAGAGGCACGGUUAAAGUCCUUGCUUCCUCCUCGAAGUCGUAAAGUAAUCCCGGCGAGUCGAACAGAUCUGGGGUCAGCCGCGUGUCCUGUGACUGAGGAGGAGUCAGACUACCUCUCAUGACUUUGUCCGUCAAGGCUCUGUAGCUGUGUGUUCAUGUGGGCUGUCUUUUCGCCAUGGCUGUGAUUCUGUGUGUUCUUCUCAUUCUUGCUGCCUCCGUUCAGAGCUCUGAUGGGACCCUGCACUUCGCCUCCUACUACAGAGACCACAUGGUGUUGCAGAAGUCUCCAGAGAAAGCCGUGUUGUGGGGCUACGGGCCCGAGGGUGCUCAGGUCACCCUCCUCCUGUCAGGACCCGGCAAACAGAGGGCCUCACUGGCCAAUGUGACAAAAGGUGUCUGGCGUGUAACUCUUGACCCUGUUGAAGCCGGCGGUCCCUACAAUUUGACAGCGGCCAUUCGGGGCAACAACGUCACUCUGACAGAUGUGCUGUUUGGAGAUGUUUGGCUGUGUGGAGGGCAGAGCAACAUGUACUUUAAAACAUCUCAGAUUUUCAAUGCAUUAGAGGAGCUGGCCCUCGCAGCAAAGUAUCCUCAUGUGAGGACUUUUAUGGUGGCCUUGAACACAAGUGAAACUGAGCUGACUGAUUUGAUUCAAGUGGAACUUCCCUGGUCUGUGCCUACAGCCAGAGACGUGGCAGACUUCUCAGCAGUGUGCUGGCUCUUUGGACGUUACAUGUACGAGAACCUGAAGUACCCCAUCGGGCUGGUGGAGUCGUGUUGGGGAGGCACCCCUGUCGAAGCCUGGUCAUCGUCCAGGGCACUGCAGAAGUGUGGACUAAAUCCAAGUGAUGACAGUCCUAAAGACAAUUCUGUCUUGUGGAAUGCGAUGAUCCACCCGCUGCUCAACAUGACCAUCAAAGGAGCCAUCUGGUACCAAGGUGAGGCAAAUACAAUCUAUCAUCAAGAUACAUACAACUGCUCCUUCCCCGCUAUGAUUGAUGACUGGAGGAUGGCGUUUCACGAGGGCUCAGGGUGGCAGACAGCUCACGACUUCCCCUUUGGAUUUGUCCAGCUGUCCACAUACAAAAAAGACACCACAGACGACGGCUUUCCGAACAUUCGCUGGCACCAGACAGCAGACGUCGGCUUUGUCCCGAACCCCCGCAUGCAGAAAACCUUCAUGGCUGUGGCUAUGGAUUUACCAGACGAGAACUCCCCCUAUGGCUCGAUCCACCCAAGAGACAAGCAGGAUGUAGCCUUCAGACUGACACUAGGAGCGAGGGCAGUGGCCUACAAUGAGCAGGACGUGGCCUUCCUUGGACCUUUCCCCAAAUCCAUCCAAUCCACUCUAAUGUACGUCAAUAUCGCCUACGAUCAGAGAGUCUCCGUCACACCAUCUAAAGACAUCUUUGAGAUCUGUUGCUCACGGAUUAAGGCUCCAUGUGGGCCUAAAUCUCGCUGGAUUGAAGCUCCCAUCCUGCAGUGGAGUAACACCACUGUCCAAGUGUCUGCCAAGGUGUGUGAGCCUACUGAUGAAGUAGCUGCCAUCAGAUAUGCAUGGAGAGACUGGCCCUGCGAGUUUAAAGCCUGUCCAAUCUACAGCUCCAGCGGGAUUUUACCUGCACCGCCUUUCAUCAUGACCCGCUACCCGACCAAAGGAAACGUUUGGAUAAGUUACUGAACCAGCGACUAUGAGAAGACAAAUUGAUAAAAGCAAGUGCCUUUUAUUGAGAUGAAAAUAUUCUGCUUGGAGGGACGCUGCCAGAUUUAAGCACAAGACAAUUGAUGACAAUGUAAAAGUGAUGGUGAGAUAAAUGUAGCAAAUGUUUUUUUUUUGUUUUUCAGAGAUAUAAAAAUUACUUUUUCUAAAAAUCUUCAAGAAAGGGAGUUUUUUUUUUUUUUUUUUAAAUCAACAACUUGGCUCCUGCAUUGUUUUGAGAGGGAAACUUACCAUUAUUUUUUUUUAAGGUCAGCAGAGAUUGAAUUAACUAACAACAGCUGCUGAAAUGACUGUAGGUCAUUCUUAAGGGCACUUGUAUGUUAUGAAUGUUGUCUGUCAUUCUGUAAUUUGUAUUACACUUAAGUGUGCAAUACACCAUAUAAUCUACUGUUACUUUUAUAAUCAAAAUUGAGUGCUGGGUAUAUAUACACAUUUUGUACCCAAUAAGACUAUCCAAUCAAAAACAGGGCAAUAAAAACCCUGACAUGUGGGCAUAUUAAACGGAACUGUCCAGCAGGCGCAGGUCCAGUUGAGAGGAAUUUAGACUAAAACUUUAGAGAAACAGAAACCACUAUGAUUAAAUGCUGUUACUGAAAAAGUAUUGAACAUUAAGGGCUAAAAGUAACUAAUACUCAGGGUAGCAAUUGAGAAGAAUGGUGCAUACUUUUACUUGAAUAUUAUUUUAAUACCAGUAGUUAAUAAUAACCCUUUACUUGUAAUUGAGUAAUAUUUCAGUAAUGUAAAUGUACUUGAGUAGAUUUAACAAUCUUUCGUCCACUUACGAUCGGUCUGCCUGUAAAACACAAAGUUUACUUGAACUUACUGGCGCUUACAAAGGCAGAUAGGUUUGGAUGGAUUUAUCCUGUAAACAAUAUGUGCUGUUAGAACCACUGAUAAUAAUUGCUGGACUGUAUGAAUGUGGGUAAUUGUGACAAAUGGGUUUUUAUUCAAACAAAACUGUGGAUUUUGAAGUUUACAGCACAAAUGAGACUUGAGUACAAUUUUGCACAAACAAAUGUCAAAGCAGCCACUAAGUUUAUGUGGGUGUGUUACAAUCAAAGCUGAUGCAGAUGAUUUCAAAAUAAAACUGAUGGAAAUGUG